GUGGAUAGGCUGAAGUUAGACCGCCUAACGCAGCUCACGUCUAGUUUUUGUUGAACCCCACCCCCGUCCGGUCGGCAAAUUAUAGUUUUCGCGGUGCGCUCGGCUUUAACGGCUUCAAAAUUAACUACUCAAAGUAUCAUCACAACGCUAUGUCCCUUUCGGCCAUAGCCAAGCCAAUACUCUACUCGUAUUGGCGUAGCUCGUGCUCCUGGCGUGUUCGGAUUGCGAUGAAUCUUAAAGAAAUACCCUAUGACAUCAAGCCUAUUAGUCUCAUCAAAUCUGGGGGCGAGCAACACUGCAAUGAGUAUCGCGAGGUAAACCCUAUGGAGCAGGUGCCGGCACUGCAAAUUGAUGGACAUACACUGAUCGAGUCAGUGGCUAUUAUGCACUACCUGGAAGAGACACGCCCCCAGCGUCCGCUAUUGCCGCAAGAUGUACACAAACGAGCCAAAGUUCGCGAAAUAAUUGAGAUAAUUUGCUCUGGUAUUCAACCACUUCAAAACCUAAUUGUUCUAAUCCACGUGGGCGAGGAAAAGAAGAAGGAAUGGGCACAACAUUGGAUAACGCGUGGCUUCCGUGCCGUGGAGAAGGCACUGUCCACCUCGGCAGGCAAAUAUUGUGUGGGUGAUGAAAUCUCAAUGGCUGAUUGCUGCCUUGUACCACAGGUAUUCAAUGCCAGAAGAUUCCACGUAGAUUUGCGCCCAUAUCCCAUUAUAUUGCGCAUUGAUCGUGAGCUGGAGAGCAACCCAGCAUUCCGAGCUGCCCAUCCUUCCAAUCAACCGGACUGUCCACCGGAGCUGCCAAACAAAUAGAAUUUUCCGACGACAACUGCAAAACGCCGUAAAACGAAAAAGUGAAUUGCAGUUCGUAAAACAAGCAAAUAUAUAACUCAACAGAGAGAAAUAAACAUUUUUGGAGCUAGAGUCAGAUAGAGAAGAGGCGAGAUUUGAUUCAAAGAAACAGUCGGAUGUGAUUUAAAAAAUUGCUAACAGCAUUUAACUAUGCAUAAAUGCAUAAAAAUACUAUCGAUAAAAAUAAAAUUUUAAAUGGCAUGCUAACAAAUCAAUAUUAAUAAUUCUCAAAACAAAAACAAAUAAAAAAUACAAAAUGUA